GGAGGGGAGGGAGGGUGCCGCCGUGCUGUGUGUGUACGGGGCGGGAGAGGUAGCAGCACAGUGCGCCUGCGUGUGUGAGUGAGUGAGGAUCACGCUGGGACGGGAUGGAAGGAACCUUUUGUAUCUCUCUCUCCCAGCGCUGAGUGAGAGAACAGCCCGGGCAGCGGGCGCAGUAGGAGCCGGGCGAGCGCCGGGGAGCUGCGGGGCUGAGCGCCGGCCGCGGGCAGGACGUUGGCGGGGACCCGGAUGAGAGAAAGUUGCGAAGUGAUGAGUGAGUGCGGGCUGCUGUCACCGGGCUGCGGGCACACUCACCGCUGACACCUGCGCCCCAGCUUCCGGCCCCGGGACACUCACCAUGGCCAAAGUCAUCCAGAGGAAGAACCACUGGACGAGCAGGGUGCACCGGUGCACGGUGAGCCGGGGCCCCGGGGGGGAGCUCAGCCUGCCGGUGCUGGGGGGAGCGGAGGACGGAGAGUUCCUCUAUCUGGGGGAGGCGGAGGACUCCGGCGAUGGAGAGCUGCAGGCAGGGGAGCUGCUGCUGGAGGUGGCCGGGCUGCCGGUGUCCGGGCUGCCCAGAUACGACGUGCUGGAGCUGGUGCGGGGCUGCGGGGAGAGCGUACCGAUCACAGCUGUCAGGCAAGGAAGCCGACUAAACAAGGACCUGCGGCACUACUUAAACCAGAGGUUCCAGAAAGCGUCUCCCGACCACGAACUGCAGCAAAUCAUUCGAGAUAAUCUUUACCGCCAUGCGGUGCCUUGCACAACACGUCCACCUAGAGAAGGAGAAGUCCCUGGGGUGGACUACAGAUUUCUGAGCGUACAGGAGUUUUUGGCGCUAGAACAUAGUGGAACUUUACUUGAAGUUGGAACAUAUGAAGGUAACUAUUAUGGGACGCCGAAGCCUCCAAGCCAGCCCGUCAGUGGGAAAGUAACUUCCGGUGAUGCACUGCACAACCCUCUACCCGGCACCAGGCUGUCAACCCCUAAACGGACAAAGUCUUACAAUGAUAUGCAAAAUGCUGGUAUAGUGCAUACCGACACUUACUACGACGAUGAGGCUCCUGAGAUGAACAGUAGUUUUACAGACUCUAGUGAACAAGACGAAAACACAAGUAGCACGACACAAGAAAUCCCCCCACCACUGCUUCGGAUCCUUCCUAGUUUUCCCAUCACGGAAGCAUCUCAGAAGUUGCCUCAAUACCUACCUCCUGUUGACGAGGGAAGACUUGGACCCCUGCCUGAUAAUUGGGAGAUGGCCUACACAGAGAAUGGAGAAGUCUAUUUCAUAGACCACAACACGAAAACAACGUCUUGGUUAGACCCACGGUGCCUGAACAAACAGCAGAAGCCUCUGGAAGAAUGUGAAGAUGAUGAAGAAGGGGUCCACACUGAAGAACUGGACAGUGAACUAGAAUUGCCUACUGGAUGGGAGAAGAUUGAAGAUCCUAUAUAUGGAGUCUACUAUGUAGAUCACAUAAACAGGAAAACACAGUACGAAAAUCCUGUCCUCGAAGCCAAACGAAAGAAACAGCUUGGACAGCAGCAGACAGAAGAGUGGCCUGGAGAACACCCACCUAUUGCACCUCCACCCAUAACUCUGCCUAACAACCUCACCCCAAAAAAGAAGGAGCCAGCAAGAGAUCCUUCCACCCACGUGAAAGCAUUCUUCACCAGGAAUCCCUCGGAGUUGAAAGGAAAAUUUAUUAACACAAAACUUAGGAAAAGCACCCGAGGUUUUGGUUUCACUGUGGUUGGUGGAGAUGAGCCGGAUGAGUUCUUGCAGAUAAAAAGUCUGGUUCUGGACGGCCCUGCUGCUCUUGAUGGAAAAAUGGAAACUGGCGACGUCAUUGUCAGUGUGAAUGAGACCUGCGUGCUUGGAUAUACCCACGCUCAAGUUGUGAAGAUCUUCCAGUCUAUACCGAUCGGCGAAAGUGUCGACCUUGAACUCUGCCGAGGUUACCCACUUCCUUUCGAUCCUGACGACCCCAACACAAGUCUGGUGACGUCUGUGGCCAUUUUGGACAAAGAUCCCAUCAUUGUCAACGGACAAGAAAACUAUGACUCCCCGUCUAGCAUCAGCAGCAAAACUAGAAAAGCCAGUAAUUUAAAAGAGCCGAGGCCUAGCAGCCCUGUGGACGUAUCUUCAAAUGGUUCCCAUGGUUACCCUAAUGACACAGUCUCGUUGGCAUCUUCUAUAGCAACGCAACCGGAACUGAUUACGGUGCAUAUAGUAAAAGGGCCGAUGGGGUUUGGCUUCACCAUAGCAGAUAGUCCCGGUGGUGGAGGCCAGAGAGUGAAGCAGAUUGUAGAUAGCCCUCGAUGCCGUGGACUGAAAGAAGGAGAUCUUAUAGUGGAGGUGAACAAGAAGAAUGUGCAGACUUUGACGCAUAAUCAAGUUGUGGAUUUACUGAUCGAAUGUCCAAAGGGGAGUGAAGUUACACUGCUGGUGCAAAGAGGAGGACUUCCAGUCCCAAAGAAGAGCCCAAAGUCGCAACCACAACUUGAAAGGAGAGACAGCCAAAACAGUUCACAGCAUAGUGUAUCCAGUCAUCACAGCGGGCACACCGCCUCACCCCUCCGCAGCGCCCCUAUUGUCCCUGACUAUCCAACCAGCGAGGCACCAUCUGUGGACCAAGUUGACGGCUCAGGACAGAAAAAGCCUGAUCCAUUUAAAAUCUGGGCCCAGUCCAGGAGCAUGUAUGAAAGCAGACUUCCAGAUUUUCAAGAGCAUGAUAUCUUUUUAUGGAGGAAAGAAACUGGUUUUGGCUUCAGAAUUCUUGGCGGGAAUGAGCCAGGGGAACCAAUAUUCAUAGGUCACAUUGUACCUCUGGGAUCAGCCGAUGCAGACGGUCGGCUGAGGUCAGGCGAUGAACUGAUCUGUGUGGACGGAACCGCUGUGGUUGGGAAGUCCCAUCAACUUGUAGUACAGCUCAUGCAGCAGGCAGCCAAACAAGGUCACGUCAAUUUAACCAUAAGGCGCAAAGUAGUUUAUCCAGUCCCCAAAACAGAAAAUGAUGUCCCAGCUUCACCAGCAUCUUCCCACCAUAGCAGCAACCAACCUGCCUCGUUAACAGAGGAGAAACGCACACCACAAGGCAGCCAGAACUCGCUAAACACAGUCAGCUCCGGCAGCGGCUCCACCAGUGGAAUUGGGAGCGGAGGUGGAGGUGGGAGCGGCUUAGUCAGCACUGUGGUUCAGCCGUAUGAUGUGGAAAUUCGCCGAGGUGAAAAUGAAGGCUUUGGGUUUGUCAUCGUGUCGUCCGUCAGCAGGCCGGAAGCUGGAACAACUUUUGCCGGAAAUGCAUGUGUGGCCAUGCCUCAUAAAAUAGGUCGGAUAAUAGAGGGAAGCCCAGCUGACCGGUGCGGGAAGCUCAAGGUGGGAGACCGGAUCCUGGCCGUUAACGGGUGCUCAAUCACCAACAAGUCGCAUUCGGACAUUGUCAACUUAAUCAAAGAAGCUGGAAACACUGUAACUCUGCGCAUCAUUCCUGGAGAUGAAUCCUCCAACGCUUCAUUAUUGACCAACGCAGAGAAGAUCGCCACGAUUACGACCACGCACACACCUCAGACGCUAACCCAGGAAACAAAGAACAACACAAAACCAAAGCAAGAGCCACAGUUUGAGUUUAAAACCCCACCAGCCACACUGCAAGAGCAAGAAUUUUACGCUGUAGAACUCGACAGAGGAACAAAAGGAUUUGGGUUUAGUCUGCGAGGAGGCCGGGAGUAUAACAUGGACCUCUACGUUCUGCGUCUAGCAGAAGAUGGACCCGCAGAGAAGUGUGGGAAGAUGAGGGUCGGUGACGAGAUUUUGGAAAUCAAUGGAGAGACCACAAAGAACAUGAAGCAUGCUCGGGCAAUUGAACUGAUUAAAAAUGGCGGCCGGCGAGUGCGUCUGAGUCUGAAACGCGGGGAUGGUUCUGUGCCAGAAUAUGAACCCAACAGUGACAGGAACAGCCCCACAGCCAGUUCACAAAGUCUAUCGAAAAUGAACACUCUACCAUCUGAGAGACAUCCCAUGCCAUUGGAGUUCAGUUACCCACCAAAUACUCACAAGUCAUUACAGCAUGAGGAAAAACGGAUUUAUUUCAAAGACCCCAAAGGCCACAGGGACUACAGCAGACAACACAAUGACCAUCACACUUGGAAUGGGUCCUCUAAACAUUACUCUGUGCAAAGUGGCCGAAGGGACAGGUCGCCCGAAGCAAAGCUGCUGAGGCAAGGGGAAAAAAUGGCGAUUAAUGGACAGAAGAUGAUGUCCCCUGAGAAGAGAAGUGAAGGGACAAGGAGUGCUGAAAAUACUUUGGAGAGGAGAGAGAGAGAGCGGUAUGAACGAAGGAGAGACAGUUCUCCUCAAAGAACCAGGGAAAGGUCACCUGUGCAAAAAAGGGAUGGUUCGCCUAACCGGAGAAGGAAGUCACUGGAUCGGUUUACGGAUCAACGAAGGUCACCAGAUCGUAGGAGAGACAGUUCUCCUGAAAGACGAAGGGCAAAGUCAUCUGACAGAAGAAGGGAAAGAUCUCCUGACAGGAGAAGACACCGUUCACCUGAAAGAAGGAGGGACAGGUCUCCCGAAAGGAAAAAGGAUAGAUCUCCAGAUAGAAGGAACCGAGAUCAAAAAUCCAACAACAGAGACCGGGAUGAGAACAGUUUGAAACAUGAUACAAUGAGAAAUUCUAAACAUCCCACAGUACAACGACGGAAACCCUAUAAGGAAUGUAGCACAGACCUCAGUAUCUGAUCAAUCUGAUGUCACAUUCCAGCCUCUAUCUAGGAGGCUCCGAGAACAAACAUUCUUUAUAGUGUCUUAUUUAGAUCUACACCCAACACACAUACAUGAUCAUUUAGAAACAUGAAAUGUUUUAUGCAGAUGAAACCUUACUACAGAGUGUUGUGCCUGAUGUAUAUUAAAGAAAGUAUUUUUGAUGUAUCUUUUUUUAAAUUAUUUGCCAAAUGUAAACCCCUAAGGGAUAAGACAUGUACUUCAAGAAGCUAUUUUAUUGACAAUGUUCAUUUAUGGACUUUUAUUUCCAAACAUUUCUUCUGUAGAACUUGUUCAUGGCACUGGAGAGCAAACCGCCAGCUUUUUCUUCUUUUUAGGGUUUUUGGGGGUUUUCUUUGGCUAGGCUUGAUUAAAGUUUUUUUUCUGACUGUUAAUUAUCUACUACAAUUGGUGUAAUUAGACUUAUGUAGGUCAUUGAUGGGAGCUCAUGAAAUGUAGGGACAUUUGUGAAGAUAUUAAUCUAAAGUCAGUGUAACUGAUUGAAUGGAAGGGAGAUAAUUAUCUGAAGAUAACGAAGACUACUAUUGCAAUGAAGGACGUAUACAAGCACACUUCGCACAAGGCUCUUCAUGUUACUGUUUAUUGGUUCAUCAGGUGGACCUGUAGUGGAUGGGUUGUAAUUCCCAGAGGUAGCCUGCUAAAUUUACUUGCUAUGGAGAAUCUAGAGUGUUUCAACAGGAUCGUAAUGUACUUUUGGAUGACCAUAUGGUGUUCCAGAGACCAGGAGUUCAUUGAUCAACCAAUAUCCUGCUGGUCCUAUUGAAUACAUGUUUUUGUUUUUUAGGGUUUUUUAUUAAUCAAAAAUGGGUAACUAUGGUGCUCCGCUGUAAAUGUUGAGGUAUACAGGUCCCAAUGCAUGGCCUAUAAAGCAAGUAUAUAUUUUUUAUUUUUAAGUCGUCUUCUACAGCAGCUAUUGUCCCGUCUGCUGAGUAUCUUCGGCCCAAGUUACUAUUGCGUUACUGCCUAGCUGAGCCGAACUGUCUGCCACAAAUCUGAGUAUGCUGCUUUUACAGUGCAUUGGUGUAGUAAGAAAAAAAAAAGACAAAAAGAUAUUUUCAUACUGACAUGAAUGAGAAUUGUGAGUCUAUCACUGUUAUGGUACUGUACAAAAAAAAAUAUGGCCAAUCAUUGUGUGUACAGAAUUGAAAUUGUAAUUAUCCGAGCUUGUUAAAAUAACAAAAAUGCCUUUUUUUGUUUUCCUUGUAUAAAAAAUACUUUGACUAUAUAAAAAAAAAAGUGAAUCAUGCAAGGAAUGGGAGAAGUGUUCAUAUUACCAGGAAUAGAGAAAAAAUAUGAAUUGGGAAUAUAUUUUAAUGUAAACUGAAUCAGGUAUUUUAAGGUGUUAUGUUCGUCUUUGAAAUCAGAAUCUAUACUAUUUGGAAGCUUUAGUUGUUUGGCUAUCGGCACUAGGUUACAGCAUUGUGGACCUGCUUGUACAUUAUAAAGCACUUGUAUACACUCUUCAGUCGUCAUAUCUUGCACCUGAUCCACAGCGUUUUUUAAAGUCUUGAUGAAAAAGAGCUUAGUGGGCCAAUCUUUGUUUAAACACUAUGCAUAAAUCGACACUGUCCAUACCAUUGCUUAUUUAACUUAUGGAAGUUGAUACAUUACUUUGAUUUGAUCGAAGCUGAUUGUGUACUUUGCCAGUACGGGCUUCCUUACCUGGGACAGAACGUAAUGUAUGUAAGCUAGACAAGCAAGCCUGUGAAUGCUAUUUUUAUUAUAAAUAAAGUUUUCAAUACAAAUUCAAAAAAA